GACGGUGGGCAUGUUUUCUUUUUCUUUUUCUUUUUUCUUUAACUCAUUCCCUUUAGGUGCUAUUCCCUGAAUAUCUUAUCUGACUUGCUAUAAGAGAAGGUAAUUGAAACGGUCCUAGAAACGAAGUUUGCUCCGACAAUGCUUCCAGCAUUAUUAGCAGCUGAACUGAUUGUAUGUAGUAACUCCGUAGUACAUGUAUAGCUUAGGCAUAGGUUCAAUCUGCAAGCCGUAGCUCCAAUCUUAGCUAGUUACUGAAGAUUUGGCGGGGAUGACUCAUUAUUGAUGCUCUGGAGUCUGAAGUGCUUAGCCCACAGACUACACUGUACAGUACCGUAGCAGCACCAAGCGCAAAACUUUUAAACACAGUAUCUGUUUCAUCAGAAGAGCUGAAAUCCGAAUGAUGUUGUGAAUACUAUAACUAUGCAGGACGGGCGUUGAAGGUUGAAUUUGAGAUCGUCAAAAAGUUGCCGCUCAAUCAGGCAACAUCACAUGACCUGAACGUAGUCAGCCACCGCGGAAUGGAGGAAUUGCCCACGCGAGGGGAAGCAGAAGAUGGAUUGGCAGGGGAAAAAAGCGCGGGAUGAGGACGAACUGGCGGAAUGGAAUACUACGUGGUGGAUGGUUUUGUUGAAAAUUAAUUCGGGCAUUCUUUGAGCCCAGAUUUUGGCGUCCAGGCAGACAUGACAUGGCGCGGAGGGCGAACUAGGUUUGGAAUAUCAGUUUCCAUACAUAUGCUGAAUGUCCAGAGUAAAAGCCCUUUCUCAUGACUGAUUGGAGUGAAGAAAGCUGCCAAGUAUUGUUAAAUUAUAAAUUAGAAAAAGGAUAAUUUGAUAGUCAUUCGUGUGUUGCUACUACAAUAAUAAGAAAAGUAAUGUGUAGUUUGUAGUUCUGCUCUCUGUGGAGUGAGCGCGUCCAGCAGCAGCACAUCGUCAUUCCUGUGAUUUAGUUAAACUACAGCUAAAUAAUUAUUUUCAACGACAACCACCAACCAUCACCACCACCACAACAAUAACAACAACAACAACUAACCGAUACACCCGCGGCGAUAAUAAUCUCCUGUCCCUCAGCACAGCAGCCAACCACUCGUCUACUUCCCGUCCAGCCAACCACGGCGACAGAUAUCCUCUAUCCGCCUCUCCUUUGACCUUCCCUUCACUUUCCCUGUCUUCCUUGUGGCCCUCCCGACGCCCAAUCGCCAGGCCCUGGCCUCAGAUCUUACCCCUCCUUGUCGAAUCACAUAGGUCGCCAUUUUUUGGCAGGUGUUUUCGCGCUUGUUAAUUCUGCUAGAUGAAGCUGCUGCUGCUGCUGCUGCUGCAGACCGCCGUCGCUUGCUCCCUAGCCUAGAACUCCCCCCUCCCACCACUCCCUGGUCCUCAGCCUCUAACGCACUCUCUGCCUGGAGCUUGACUCAUUCUUGCUCAACCUAUUUUGCCCACCCGAUUAUUUCACAGACCGUCACUAUCGUUUCAUUCGAGUUUGGCGGGAAAAAUGUCAUGGCAGCUUCCCCGCUAGAUAGCUCUAGCACCCCACAACCUACUACCGUAGCUAUUGAUCCUCAAGGCUCCCCAGAUGAUCCCAUGGAAGGUACAUAUCCCCAGUCUACACGGAAACGUCCUCGUCUUGACAGUGGGAAUCACUCAAACGAGUCUAUGACCAUGUCCGUCCCCUCCCCAAGCUCAACCAGCGGUCAUUGCGGCGACGACCAGGUUGUCAGCGGCAACAGCCUUGUCUCUCCCACGACUACGCCGGUGCCAGAACCAGAAACCCCCAACCCACAACGUUCCUCCAGUAGAGUAACGAUCAAUAUGAAAUCUCCCACUCUCCACGAUAAUUCUGCCUCUCAUACCGCCGAAGAAGCUCCAGCAUUAUCCGACCAACAACAAGAAGAGCAACAUGAACAACACCACAUAUCUGUAGAUAUUACAUCCCAUAACAAACCCGAAACAUCUAUGGCUUCGUCACCGUCGCACAGCCCCGAGAUUGAGGUUGCUGAGGUGGAAGAUAUGGAUCAGGAUCCCAGCACAUCCAACUGGAGGUCAUUAGAAGAUGCUCUCAGAGCUCCAGAAGAACCUGAACUUGUGCACAUUCAUGACGAGGUUUCCCUGGCAGAAUCCUUCCCACGACUCAGGCAGGACUGUGACAUACGGCAGGCAGUAGAAGAGACUGCGAGUUUUCUCGAGAGAGGUCACCCUCAUGAUAUCGCAAUCUUUAUGUCGGUUAAAAACUGGCUUGAGCUCUGUGUGAAUAACCUGAGUAGUAUCACAUACGACACUGUUGCUGAAGAUCGGGAUGUAUGGGAGGAGGUUCCAAUGCUUAUUGAAAGUCUUUUACGGCGGCAGAUUGAUUUCCAACCCGACGAAGGAGAAGGCCCUUGGAAAUUCUUUGAGGAUUUCUCCGUGGCAUUUGGGCGCCUUGCCAUUCAUAUGACUCGGAUCGAUGCUCUAACACUAGAACAUUAUCCAAACGACACAGAUUCUGCGCCAGAUCUACUGUCAAAAGUUUAUUUACCCGCGUUGGGAUGGAUAUUACAGGUCCACACAAUUCCAUUUUACAAGAUGAUGGAACGAACUUUUGGCCCCGAAGUUAUUAACUUUGUGGCCCGUGUCAACGACCAACUUACUGCCGCUCCAGUCAAUCUCGUAAAACGUCUGUCAGAGUUCGCGCAUUUGCUUCUCAAGGCUCUCCAACCAUGGCCACAAUUCGCAGGCACCUUCAUAUGUCUACUGACCAUUGCCCAUAACGUUGUCGAUUCUGGAAUGGAGCGGAAGAGGUACCGCGCAGACGAUGAACUAAUCGCAUCAGCAGAACUUGUUGAUGCCAUUAAAUCCGUAUAUACCUUCAUUCGCUCCAUAGAUACCGAGUAUCAGUCUUCCAUUUCGAAGAAAUCUUCUUGGGUUACCAAUGACAGCAGCGAGUCUGUUCUCCGUUUCGUCGGCUACACGUACCAUAACACUGCCCUGUUGAAUAGUCAGCUGGCAACGCAAAUGACGCGUGAUCUUGGCGUGGAUGUUCCCGAGAAUGCCAAACAGGAGGAAUAUCCCGCCAUCAUCCACCUAGGUUGGAAGUUCCAAGUCUUGAAGAGGCACAUCACAGAAGGUCGAAUGGAACUCCGCGUCUUUGGUAUGGAAACUAUGCAGGCUGAUCUUGUCGGUGUCUGGCGCCAACAUAUCCAAGGAAACCCCGCUGGCAUUAACUACCCAAUUAUCCAGUAUCUUGUGAAAUUCCUGAGGGACAGUAAGAUCGUGGAGUACAUCGUCGGUGUGGAUUCACAUCCACAGUUGAUAAGCCGGAGUGGAAACGUUGUUGGGUUCCUUGUUGUAACAUCCACUUACACAAAUAACGAUACUGAUAUUAUUUGGAACACUGUGACUGAAAGCGAAGACCCGAGAACCGUGGCGGAGGUUCUGGGGAUGCUAACUCGGACAUUUAUCAUGCAUCAAUCUGGGUCGAAUGCUUUGAAUUAUCUUUGCACCAAGCUCAUAGAAUUGCCUUUGAACCGCUUCGACGCACGGAUGCUCGAAUAUAGCGACUGCCUUUUAAAUGCCGUGAGGGAUAAACAUACGGAGAGAAUGCGCCAGCAGCCUUAUGACCAUGUGCAUGUAGAUGUGGUCCCCUAUCGUCUGUGUGUUCGCCUGAUUCGUGACGCCACGUCCAUCAGCGAGUUUUCCGUCGAGCAAAAAACGAAUUUGCAAAAGUUUGCUAGCAAGCAGCUUUCACAUCUACUGACACUUGGGCUAGAUGACAACGAUAAAAUGGAAAUGUACAAGAAGUGCAUCGAUGAUAUAUCUGAAAUGAACGACUUUGUGGUUGGUAGUAUACAAGCCCUGAACGCUCUGAUACCUCCUUAUGAUAGCCUAGACAUUCGACGGCUGGCACUGGAUUUUGAUUUCACUCGGUUAAUAAUCACGGAACUUGCUCAUACUUUUGAUACUGUCUCCACCGAUUUCUCAGAUCCCACUGUUAGAAACUCUCUUCGACCCCGGAUUCAGAUGCUUCUUCGAAUUAUCGAAAAAGUGCCGGAAACUAUUACUCCAGAACUAAGCGAAGUUCUCUGGAACCGCGUAUUUAUGUCAAAGAAAAUUGGUGAAUGUGGUCGAAGCUUGGCUUGGGAAGUACUCCCCAGAGCUACAGUUCGAGCUGGAAAGCGAAAUCCGUUUCUCGAAUCUUACCUCAACAACUAUCUCCUUCGAAUCUCCCCAGAAGACUAUACCCUUGAUAUUCUAGCAUUUGCGGAGCAGGCAGUGAGUUACGAAAUUCGCUUCGAUCCGCCCCCGGAAGUGGACGAAAAUGAGAUUAUUGCCAUUCCCGGAAUGGAUCGAUUAUGGCAUUUUAUCCUCACGGCGCCCCCCGGAACGAUCGAAAUGAAAGCCAUCAACUUCGCGAUAGAUGUUUACCUUGAUCAUAUAUUGAUUCGCAGAGCCCCACGCUCCGCAGCAGAGGCUACCCAUGUCGCAUUGGUGGAUCGCUGCGUUAGGCAACUCACAGCAGCUGCCGCGAAGUGCAAAGCUUUCACUGACGGCUCCGCAAGCGGCGAGGAUGAGCCUAUGGUCAUUGUUCCGUCUGAUGGUGAAGUGCGAGCGGAAGAACUACGGUUUACUCGCUCGCUUCUUUUCCUGCGCCAACUACUUCAGGGACUGCGAACGCGGCCGCAAUACACUCCGCCCCAAGUUAGCCCGCAAGAAUCAAUGCUCAGGGACGAUGAGAUAAAUGGAGAAGUUCUCGAACUUUCAUACCAAGCUUUCAAUGGGAAUUCUCAGACCAAGAUUCGUACUUUAAAGAUAGGAGAUCUUUCCACUGCGUCAGAUUUGGCUGAGAAGUUAACUAGGCUCACCGGCUUUACGAGUUUCUCUAGUUUUAGCUGUGGACAGAGGCUGGACCUUGCUGCCAAUGCUGAUAAGACUUUGCGAGAUUUGAAACUCGUAGGCCCAGGGCUCCUUAUUAUCCGAAAGAAUCCUGACGCUUUCGAGGCGUCGGUGGGGGGACGGCGUCAGUCGUUGACUUUGGUUGACUCCGAGGUUUUGAAGCAUUUCGAUGAUCUGUAUGACUUGUUGAGUCUGGAGGAGAAGUUAGCUAAAGAGAUAUUUGACUUCUUAGCUGUCUUCCCGCCCCAGCAGCGCGUUCGAGAUUUCGUCAGAUCCAAAGAAACCUCCGAGCCGGAGAUGUUCCCUUUGGAGAAGCCCUACAAACUUCUAUACUCUAUAAAGGCUCUCACAACAUGCGUAGGCGAACAAAUUUUAGAUAAUAACGCCGAUCAAGAGUUUAUAUCCCACAGCAUUCAGAAUCUGGUUGUGUUCAUAACACGCCCCCAGAUGGCUGAGGGUUUAGAAGAUAGCACACUAAAAUUAAUAUUUGCACGCAAUUUUGUGGAAUGUCUGUUGUUUGCAUUGAUGGCAAAAUCGACGCCAGAAGACUCUGAACAGUUAUUCCCCAACCCGUUAGAACUAGCCACUCGACUUUUAUCCUUUAUCUCCCUCGGCCAAAAUCUUACUUCCAAGCACCUCUCGGAACUCUCCAUACAGAAACUAAUAUCUAAUUCCUUCGCUGUCAUCAUCGAAGCCUCGAUGCACGAUAGUCGCGUUUGGGACGCCGUUGAGCAAAGUACCCAAAUCAAGGAUCUCAUCUUCACCUUGCUUCUAGCGGAAUCUAGGCAAAAUAUACGCAAGAGUAUUGCGGAAAUUAUAUUUUCCACCUGUGGUACCUCCCCAUCUCAGAAACGGGUUUGGAAGUCCGACAGCCAGACGAAGGCAGGCGUUGACACUGGUGGCAAGCCCCCUUCCGCCACGACAAUUCAUAUUGUUGCAACAUUAUGGAAACAUAUUUCUGCCCGCUUCCCGGAUACUCUCAAAUAUGGACAGUCCUCCCAGGAGUUUUUCGAAGUUGCGCUUAUCCUUUUUCAGACCGUUGCCAUCUUGUCUCCUGAAGACUUAAUUUUUAGAGAGUAUCUUAGGCAAUGGGGAGAUCUACUUCUUAGUCAUCACACGAAUGAGUUUGUUGGUCGAGAGCCUGUUGACUACAUUGUUCUGGGAUUUACUCAUCUCUUGAAAAUGUGCCUCGAGCUCUCUCAUUCCAUAACCGGCACCAUGGACACAAGUAAUCUCAUGGAAAAGCUAUUCUACACCUUUCUAUUUCCCGAGCUCUCCGAUCCCACUGAGACUGAGGCUAUUCAACCGAGCAUUCCUGUCAUGCAUAAUCCCACCAGGCAAGAGAUAUAUAAUAUUCUCUUGCGUCUGUGCGAAGAUCAAACAAACUAUGAGAAAAUGCUAACAUUACUUGAUGAUGUCAUUCCAUAUGAUUAUACCCAUGAACCAAAUUGGAUUUUCGACCGAUACAAAACCAUCCGUUCUCCCGAAGGCUAUGCGGGUUUGAAAAACCUGUCGAAUACUUGCUACCUGAAUUCUCUCUUUACUCAGUUAUUCAUGAACAUUGAUUUCCGAAAGUUCAUGAUUGAAGUACAUGUUUCUGACGUGGAUUCCACUCAGAAUCUACUUGCAGAGACGAAAAAGGUAUUCGCUUACAUGCAAAAUACCUGGCAGAAAAGCGUUGAUACCCAGGAAGCCGUGGAUACUAUCCGAACAUACGACAAUGAGCCUAUCGACAUCAAUGUUCAGAUGGAUGUAGAUGAGUUCUACAAUCUACUAUUCGAUCGAUGGGAAAGCCAGAUUCGGUCAGCGGAAGACAAGAAACUCUUCAGAUCUUUCUAUGGCGGCCAGCUUGUGCAGCAGAUCAAGUCGAAAGAGUGUCCUCAUAUCUCGGAGCGACUUGAGCCGUUCUCUGCGAUACAAUGCGAUAUUAAAGGGAAGGCUGGGCUGGAGGAUAGUUUGCGUGCAUAUGUAGAAGGGGAGGUGAUGCAAGGGGAUAAUAAAUACUCCUGCACAUCGUGUGGACGUCAUGUUGAUGCGGUCAAGAGGGCUUGCUUGAAAGAUCUCCCGGAUAACUUGAUAUUCCAUCUCAAACGCUUCGAUUUCGACGUCAUCUCGAUGAUGCGCAGCAAAAUUAACGAUGAAUUCCAGUUUCCGGAACGUCUUGAUAUGACCCCUUACACGGUCGAGUAUCUGAGUAACCCCGGCACACCAAUUGCACCGGAUAUCUUCGAGCUGGUAGGUGUUCUUGUGCAUAGUGGUACUGCCGAAUCUGGCCACUAUUAUUCGUAUAUCAGAGAGCGUCCUACUCCUGCAGACCCCAGUGCCUCAUGGGUGGAAUUCAAUGACUCCGACGUCAGCAGGUUUGAUCCUUCCAAGAUCCCUGAUCAGUGUUUUGGUGGCCUAAAUGACCCAAUCCACGGUUCGAACAUGCCCCCAGUUCGCUUUAACAAAGUGUGGAAUGCGUACAUGCUAUUCUAUCAACGGGUGAGUAGUAUGGAGAAGGCCAAAUCUGUUUAUGAACCGUCCCUUGAUGAUACACCAGUCAGUGUCCCACUACCUACGGAGCUUGGAAACCACAUCGCAUUAGAGAACGAAAUUUUCAUACGGACCUACUGUCUGUUGGACCCGUAUCAUGCUUAUUUUAUCCGUGCGCUUCUGGAACAAGCAAGAAGGUUUGCUGCCAUUGAAGAAACCGAGUUCAGUAAGAUUCAAAAAUCAGCCAUAAUCCUCGCCCUAGACAAUUUAGACCAAAUCAUUUCAAGGUCUAAAGAAUUACCUGAAUUUGAAAAUAUCAUUAUUGAAUUGGGGAGAAGUGUCAAUGAAAGCACCGAAGGGGCUACGGCAGUCCUCGGUUGGACUAUAGUUCGACCCUUAGGUAUUCGAGAUCUUCUUUUAAAGAGCCCCAAUAACGUUGUCCGCGAUGGGUUCGGUCGACUGUUGAUCACCGCCCUCUCGCGGUUACAGGAGCCGCUAGGGGAUGAAACAACAGAAACUGGCGAACAAGCUAGCUGUGAAAGCAAUUAUGCGAUGAUGGUUGAGAAUAUUGUUGACACACUUGAUGGGCUGUGGGGUUGUUUACACCUAUAUUCGCGUGCCUGGGACGAUUAUUUCGAGCUGCUCCUUGGUAUUGCUAAUUUUGGCGCCUUGCCUGUCCAUGUCAUGCUUGAACAUGGCUUCUUGUUAAAGUGCCUGGAAAUGGUCUGGCUGGACAGAGAGGAUAGCAAACGGUUGAAACGACAGUAUGGGAAUUAUUUCCGGCUUAUUGAGAAAGGUCGCAAAUAUUCACACUUCAAACUUGUGGAGGUCCUUUAUAUUUUGAUGACGCAUAUCGACUUCACACUGAUGCCCUCACCUGACAAUCGAUCUCGGGAUUGUAUUAUGGGUAAAUAUUCGCUUACCAAGGCUGAAGCCGAACUGAUUCGACCCGUUGGAAGGAAUAGCGAUCUCAUUGUCCUGAGGAAAAUCCUGGAACAGCAAGCUAAUCCCCCAGUUUCACGGAAAAUAGUGAGCGUCUUCUUAGCCGCUGACCCUAAAUAUGGCCUAACGGACAGCAUCUGCAAGGUUCUCGAGGAAGGCUUACGGGCUUCUCCAGCCUACCUCUGUGUUCCUUUCCUUGAAGCUACUCUAGUUUUCUGCCAAAUGUCCACGGAUGGCAAUCAGAUAACAAACCUCAUCGACUACGUGUCCAAAGGCGUAGACUCCAUCAAUGACAGUGGGGGUCGUGAACAUCUGGCCUUCUUCCAGUCGCUGGUGAAAGUCAAAAACGAAAAGGCUGACAAGGAUGAAUAUUGGUUCUGGAGCUCCGUGGUCGACCGGAUACCGGAUUGGGCGCCGACACUGCUUCAAUACCCGGAGAGGGCAGUUAGGAAUGGGACGCUGGAUUUCCUGCGGCAACUCCUUUUCUCGAAGGAGUAUGAGAAUAUCACCGACGAUUUCCGCCAGUUUUACAAGAAAAUUGGCAGGGAUUUAGCGCAGACCUGCGUGGACAAGUUGCGCAGGACUUAUCUUACGCCAGCGGACGCGCAGCCUCCUGAAGUUAAGGCGAUGGAGACAAUUGCACUUGUGAUUAUGCAUUGUAUUGAGGUCUAUUUUGAUGAGAGUGACAACGCAGAUGCGGAGUUUAUUCAGCAGGCUACAGCUGUCAUCUCUGCACUAGAACAAAUGGCCGUGGAUAUCCCGGAAGAACUGAUGUCUGGUUCUGACUUCGCUUCAGAUGGCUGGGAAGAUAAUUCGAUGAUGGGGAGCGAUUCCGAUGUUGGUCUGACCGGGUCGCCGUGAACUAAAACUCUGGCGCGCAUGAUAUGGCGUCCAACGUGCAGUUGGUGUUAAAAGGGGAGUCCUUUUUUACUUUUUGAAAGAUAGUAUAAAUCUCGUUUUAUUUUGUUAUCCCUAUUUCUUUUUGCUGAAGUGUUUCUUAUUUUCAUUUUACGGUACCAAUUUUUUUUUUCUCUCUUCCUGUCUUGUGUUGAUGAUGAUUGAAUGACCAUUCCCUCAUCCAUCCCAUAUCCCAUUCCCCCUUUUCUGCAUUUAUCUGGCGUUAAACUUUUCUGUUUUCUGUAUUUAGAGGCAAAAUGGGGCCAGUGUAUUUAAAUGUGGGGGGUCUUUUUUUCUUCACAAGGAAAUCUUGGUCUUUCAUGUCUAGGGAACCCUUGGUCCUUUUCUGUCUUUCUUUUUAGCAUCAUACAAGUGAAUGGUUAGGAGAGUGAGGGGUAUGUCCUUGUGUUUCUCCCACUUCACUUCCUCAUGGAAGUUUACAUUUGAAAGAAUGAAAGAAUGUGGUGAAAUCAUCUCUCUCCGUCGGUUCCUUUGACUCGGGUUUACGGACUUUGGGACUUUGUGGUUAUUCUUUCUUCUUUCUUCCGAGGUUUUUUUUUUUUUUUUUCCCUCCCUCCGUUUCCUCCGUUUUCUCUUUCAGAUGUAUAUGGUUUGAACGGAUGUCUUGUUCUUUUCCAUUGUAUGAGCUCUAUUUUGUUCUUCAACCUUCUUUUUGUUUGAUAUUUUGGAGCCCGUCAUUGACUACGGAUGAUGAGAUUAAGCCGACAGACAACUUACUGUACCUGUAAGAGCCGAUGGAAUGGAUGUUUCUAUAGUUAUCUUGCAAUCUGCAGCUCGCUCCCUCUUUUCAGUUCAGGUCCUUGGCCUCCCUCACCUUUUUUUGUGUGUGUGUUUGUGUGUGUGUGUUGCGCUUCAAGGCGUUAAUUAUGACCAUGUUUCAUAUGUUUGUGUUAGUUACUAUUAGUUACCACAGAAAAUAUGUAUGUAAAAUUACUUCUACGGAGUCAUUUAUUGAAAGAAACUUUCUCUAGAGAUUCCACAACUGCUCCCUCACUGAAUUCUCUCCGGAUGAUACAUAUUUUG